AUGUUUAGAUCUCGUACUUCCACCCUUUUACGCGCCCGCUUGCCGGUCCAGGCCUCGUUUCCUCGUUUUGUUCGCUACAGUUCAACCUCCGCACCUCCUAAGAAAGCAAAACUUCUUGUCGGAGUUGGUAUUUUGGCAAUUGGAUCAACUAUCGUUGCAGCCCUCUACAACAAGGAUUCACCAAAAGCUGCCGUAGAGCCUCAAGGAGUCGCCAGAGCGUUCCCCGAUGGUAAAAUAGACGUUGUGUUUGUUUUGGGUGGUCCUGGUUCGGGAAAAGGUACCCAAUGUGCCAAGCUUGUAAAUGAGAAAGGGUAUGUUCAUUUGUCUGCUGGAGACUUAUUACGAGCAGAACAGAACAGAAAAGGGUCUGAGUAUGGUGAUCUCAUCAGACAGUACAUUAGAGAAGGUAAAAUUGUGCCCCAAGAAGUGACAAUUGCUUUACUUCAACAGGCUAUUCAAGAGAAGUACUCUGAGGGAGCCACCAAGUUUCUUGUCGAUGGAUUUCCAAGAAAAAUGGAUCAGGCAUUGACUUUUGAAGAAAAAAUCGCACGUUCGUCCAUCACGCUCUUCUUUGAGUGCCCAGAAGCCGUUAUGCUCAAACGUUUGUUGGAAAGAGGUAAGACCAGUGGUCGUGAUGAUGACAAUGAAGAGAGCAUUAAGAAGAGAUUCCGGACAUUUUUAGACACCUCCAUGCCAGUAGUGGACUACUUUGAGGAACAGGGCAAGGUUUUGAAGGUUCUGUGUGAUCAGCCUGUUGAUGAGGUGUAUCGUCAAGUCACCGAGGCAUUGAAGGGCCGGGGUAUAUAA